CUUCCUUUUGCAUUUGGUUUUAAAUACAAAACAAAAAUCAAAAAUUAAAAACAAAAACAGAGAGAGAGAGCAAAAGAAAAGAGAGGAAAUCGCAUUUCUCUCCCUUCUUCGGCGAUCCCAAAUUGGCAAAUUCUAGGGGAUUUGAAUUCGAUGCGAAAGUGAGCUUGGAGAUCGGUUUUUCAAGGUUUAAUUUCUGAGAGGAUUCGAACAGAUUCUUGAGUGUCUUUUGUUGCAGGAGUUGAAAAGAUGGACCACGAUGAGACAGGAUGCCAGGCACCACCUGAAGGUCCUAUUUUGUGCAUUAACAACUGUGGCUUCUUUGGAAGUGCUGCCACUAUGAACAUGUGUUCCAAGUGCCACAAGGAUAUGGUGUUAAAGGAGGAGCAGGCUAAGCUUGCUGCAUCAUCCAUUGGGAGUAUUGUGAAUGGAUCAUCAAGCAGCAACGCAAAUGAAUCUGUUGCUGCCACUGUGAACGUGCAAGUCAACACAGUGGAGCCUAAGACUAUCUCUGUGCAGCCGCUAUCCUUUGGUUCAAGCUUGGGGGAGAAUGGUGAGGUAAAGCCAAAGGAGGGUCCAAAACGUUGCAACAGCUGCAACAAGCGGGUUGGUUUAACGGGGUUCAAUUGUCGCUGCGGUAACCUUUUCUGUGCAGUACAUCGCUACUCGGACAAACAUGAAUGCCCCUUUGAUUAUCGCACUGCUGCACGUGAUGCUAUAGCUAAGGCCAACCCUGUAGUGAAGGCAGAGAAGCUUGAUAAAAUCUAAAUUUGGAACGGGUGGAGUUCCAUGUGCUGAAAUUGAUUCUGAUUUUCAAUCCAUGCAAUGAUUCCAGGUUUGCUGCAUAUCUUAUCGGUGUCCUUUUAUAUUGUUAUAUGUGCUGGGAGGCAUGGCAUUAGGACAUCUCUGCUCUUUGAAGAACUCUAUUUCUAGUGAUUGGCGAGAAUUUAUAUGUUGGUCCAGUGUCUAAAGUCUUAAUCUAUGCUGGUUUGGUGGACAUUGUCGUGGUUAGCUUUGUAAUUUGCCUCUUUUGUUUCUUAUGGCAUCUCUGUAGUAGUACAUGUCAGAAUGGUUUGUGCAAUCUCAGAUGAUUUGGACGACAUCCCUAAACAUCCCUAAGGCAUCGUUGUAAAUUAUCGUUAUGGUUUUCAUGUCAUUAUCCUAGUAAGAAAUUUCACUGGGCGCCCUUUAAGUGUGUAUUAUAAUUGCAUCA